CUCCAGGCGGGACUUCCUUUCUUCUGCGGAUGCGCUGAUAUUAGGGUGAGCAGGCAGAAAGGGCUUGGUCGGGGUGUCACCGGUCUAUCCGUGCGCCUCUGGACAGCAGAUGACCUGGCCGACGACGCCGCUGCCGCUGAAGCCCCGUAGAUGAAUCUCCUCCUCGGCUAUGCUGCCCUGAGAGCGCCGCGAGUAUCCGCCCCGCCAAAAUGUCUGAUGUCAACAAGACUAUUCAGAAAUGGCACGCCAGUUUUAAGAAAGGCACAGACUUUGACUCGUGGGGACAAUUAGUGGAGGCUAUAGAUGAGUACCAAAUUCUAGCAAGACAACUGCAAAAAGAGGUCCAGUCAACAAAUUCAUCAGACUUCACAGAAGAGCAGAAGAAAACUCUGGGGAAGAUCGCAACAUGUCUGGAGAUGAGAAGUACCAGUUUGCAGUGCACGCAGGCAAAGGAAGAGUUCAAGUUAGAAGACCUGAAGAAACUGGAAACCAUAAUUAAGAAUGUACUCACCUACAACAAAGAGUUUCCCUUUGAUGUCCAGCCAGUGCCGUUAAGGAAAAUCUUUGCUCCAGGUGAAGAGGAGAACCUCGAGCUGGAGGAGGAGGAGGAUGCUGCCGCAGGAGCAGGUUCAACAGAAGCUUUUCCACCACGAGCUCCUGCUUUGCAAGGUACCUUGUUGCCACGGUUACCCUCAGAGCCUGGGAUGACACUGCUUACAAUAAGGAUUGAAAAAAUUGGGUUGAAGGAUGCCGGGCAGUGCAUUGAUCCUUACAUGACCAUCAGCGUCAAAGAUUUAAAUGGUGUCGACCUGAACCCAGUGCAGGAUACCCCCGUGGCCACCAGAAAGGAAGACACAUACAUUCACUUCAGUGUGGAUGUGGAGAUCCAGAGACACGUGGAGAAAUUACCAAAAGGAGCAGCUAUCUUCUUUGAAUUCAAGCACUACAAACCCAAAAAGAGGUUCACCAGCACAAAAUGUUUUGCCUUCAUGGAGAUGGACGAGAUCAAACCCGGGCCGAUUGUAAUUGAGCUGUACAAGAAGCCCACAGACUUUAAGAGGAAGAAACUGCAGCUUCUCACAAAGAAACCACUUUAUCUCCAUCUCCAUCAGACGUUACACAAAGACAGCUAAGUCGGACCACGCCUUGAACCGCCUCUCUCACGUCCGCGUCCAGCAAAACGUGGUGUUCCCCCUCAUCACAUCUAGCAAUACUAAAAACAAAGCUGUUUUUUGUUUGUUUUUUUUUCCAUGAGUAUUUGAAGAAAGGAAAGUGAACUGAGCCAGAUUCCUGUCGCAUCAGCUCACACUCAGAUUUUGAAGUUUUUGAUUUUGCUCUGACGUGCAGGAAAUGCCACAUUUCCAUAAAAAUCCAGCAGUAGCAUGUUCAAACCACCUCACCUUCAGUCUUCCUUAGCUCACUGAUCUUUGGGAAAAUGGGGACACGCCGUGAGCAUCUGCAGGUGCCUAACUCGAGCUGAAGUGUUCAGAGUUCAGUUUAGACUUUUAAGUAAAAUUCAGCAGAACAAGGAAGAUAUUGGGUAAAUUUAAAGGCAAAAUGGCGACAGCUUGUCUGCUCCAUUGAGCUGCAAAAAGUGCUUUCUUUAAUUCUGAUAGUCCAGGAUGGUCUGUGGAGUCCGGGGUGCAUUAAAAUGAUAAACUUUUAUCUUUUUUUUUUAAGUUAUAAACAGGUUAUAAUCCUGCAUCUAAAAACAGGUAUAACAGGUAACGAUGACGAUGAUUCCUGAUGUUUCCUCAAUUUGUCUUAAAACUAGUGAAUUAACAGCAGAAAUUUAACGAGGAAUUAACCUGAAAAAGAAUCUGUUUACUGCCUGCAGCAGACUCUGUCUCACUGUUUUAUUUCCAGCUUUAACAUUUACAGUUACUAAUUUUUAGCAGCUUUAAUUUUAAAGACGAAUCUCAUUCUUAUUUAAGUGUAGUUUGACGUUUUGGGAAAUUCCUUUAUAUGCUUUCUUGCAGAGAUUCAGAUGCAACUUUUAUCCCUGUAAAAUAAAUCUGAAGCUACCACCAGCUCACUAAGUAACAUGUUGUAAGUUUGCCCCGCUUCACCCACAAGGGAAAAAAAGAAAAAAGUCAAACUAUAUUUCUUUAAAUAUACACUCACUGGGCACUUUAUUAGAUACAGCUUGGUAGUACUGGGUUGGAUCCCUGUUUGCUUCAGACCUGUCUUAAUU